AUGGCCACUGAACAAAAAGGCCGCAACAUCGUCAUCAUCGGUGGCGGUAUCAUCGGCUGCACAACAGCCUACUUCCUAUCUCACCACCCAAGAUUCAACCCCCAAUCCGACACCAUUACUCUCCUCGAGGCCACCAAGAUUGCAGGCGGCGCCUCGGGAAAAGCAGGGGGCUUGUUGGGUCUCUGGGCGUACCCAAGUUGCAUUGUUCCACUGAGUUAUCGACUGCACCAAGAACUUGCUGAACGACACAACGGUGCGGAACGCUGGGGCUACCGCGCUAUUCAUUGUGGGCAGAUCGAUGCUGUUGCCAUGUUGGCUGAGAAAUCGGGGGAUGGGGGUAGCAGUAAUAGUAAGGGUAGAAAAGGUAGUAAAGAGAGUGGUGAUUCUGUGAGCCUCCAGAAGCGGACACAGAGUGCCAUUGGCUUGUUGCGAGCCGCAGGCGUCCCCAAGGAUCUAGACUGGAUCGCGGCGGAAUCGCUCAAGAGCUACGAGGAAAUGGGUACACCGCUUACGACCGCACAAGUCCACCCCUAUCACUUCACAACCAGCAUGGCGGACCUGGCGCAGGAAAAAGGUGUCAAGAUUGUUUACGGCUCCGCUACAAACAUUGAGCAGGAAAACGGCAGUGUUCGCUCAGUAAGCUACCGUCCUAAAGAUGAAAGUACCACCAGCACUGGCAACAGCAAUAAAACCCACUCCCUCCCAGCAGACACCGUCAUCCUCACCGCCGGCCCCUGGACACGCACCCUCCACCCCAGCGCCCCCAUCUCCGCCCUACGAGCCCACUCCAUCACCAUCCGGCCCUCACGCCCCGUCUCCGCCUACGCCCUCUUCACCUCCAUCGCCCUGCCCCCUCACAAGCACAAACGCAACCUCGACUCCAUGAAAUCCCACCCGUUCACCCAAACCGCAACUCCAGAAAUCUACGCGCGCCCCAACAACGAAGUCUACGCCUGCGGCGAAGGCGACACCCUGAUCCCGCUCCCCACCUCCUCUGACCUCGUGGCCUGCGACGAGGCGCGGUGUCGUGAGAUUUACGACCAGGUCGCUAGCAUAUCCGAGGAGUUGCGGAACGGAGAGGUGAUGGCGCGGCAGGCGUGUUAUCUGCCCAAUGUGGAGGGGAGAGGGGGCGGACCUUUGGUGGGCGAGACAAGUGUCAAGGGCUUGUUGAUGGGGGCCGGGCAUACGUGUUGGGGAAUUCAGAAUGGGCCGGGGACGGGCAAGUUGUUGGCUGAGUUGGCCUGGGAGGGUAAGAUGAAGAGUGCGCAGGUUGGGAGUUUGGAUCCGCGCAAGUUUGGGGUGUAG